CUUCAGACAAACCAUCCCGUCGUCUUUUUGUACCGACACCAACCCAAACCUGAGUCGCCGCCGAUGCCGCCACGACUCCCCUUCCGGCUGGCCGCACCAGGCGCCAACCUCGACACCUUACUGUCAAACCCUUCCGCUUCCAUCCCGUCCUUUCUCCUCCCCUUCCUCCAUACUCAACCCCGACGACAUGCCUCGAUCUUGAGCGAGCUCUCCGACCGACCUGGCGCCUACAAUCGACGCAUCCGACGAGGACGUGGUCCAGCUUCAGGGCACGGUGGCAAGUCAGGUCGAGGUUCGGACGGCCAGAAACAGCAUGGCAAGGUCCCGGAAGGUUUCAAUGGAGGUCAAACUCCCGAACAUAUUGUACACGGCAAAUAUGGUUUUGUAAAUCUACACGCCACGGAGAUGACCCCGGUCAAUCUGAACAAGAUUCAAAGUUGGAUCGACCAAAAACGUCUGGACCCGAGCAAACCCAUCACGUUCUUGGAACUCUGCCGGUCGGGACUCAUCAACCGACCGAAAGACGGUGUCAAACUCCUCGCCGACGGGGCCGCCGAGCUCAAGACUCCCGUCCACAUCGUCGUGUCCAAGGCUUCACAGUCGGCCAUCGCGGCCGUCGAGGCCGCCGGCGGCAGCGUGACGACCCGGUUCUACACCGAACAGGCGAUCCGGCGCAUCAAAAAGGGCGAGAUGCACCCGUUCGUGUCGCUGCGCUGGGACCCCCGGGCCAUCGGCGAGCCCGCCCUGCUGGAGGCCGGCGGGUCGACCCUCGAGGAGCGCGUGGCCGGCAUGGGCUACGACUACAGACUGCCGGACCCGACGUCGCGGAAGGACAUGGAGUACUACCGAGACGCCAGGAAUCGAGGGUACCUGAGCCACACGGUCAAGGAGGGUGAGGGAGCAAGUCUGUACUUCAAACCCCCCAUCAGCGAGGAGCAGUUGAAGGAGUUGAAAAAGGCCCGGGCGCGGAGCGGCGUGACAAAGGCCAAGGAAGAGAACAAGUUGUGGUAGUCAAGGGGGAAAAAAAGAGAGGUAGAAGAUGGGACCGGAAUUGGUGUGGUUUUGAUUUUGCAUUACCCCAUACAGACUUGGGUCAAUAACUGUAGAAAUAUCGAAGGAGUUCAAUACUAUACUCCUUCCUGUCCACCCACCAUUCGAGUCGAAGAAAGACAAAAUAUCACAACAUGUGCAUGCGACUUGAUUUCCAUCCUUGAGGAAGUAAUACAUAAACCUUUGACAAGGUAGUUACACAGACAUCCC